AGAGCGAGGCUGUGGGAGGGAUGGAGUGUGACAGUGGGAGCAAUAGAGAGGAAGUGAGGACCGGAUAAUGGAGGCCGGGGAGGAGGGGGUGCGGGCCCUGGCGGAGCAGGCGGCCGGGCUGUUACUGGACCUCGGGUAUGUGGAACCUUUGUCUUGCGUGGAUACUUUGAUUCAUUCCUGUGUCCUUGGUGCUUCCUGCCAGGAAUUCACAUCACUGUGUGUGUGGCUUGUUUCACAGCUGAAAUCUGUGUCUUCGCUCGUGGAUAAUGUCUGUCCUACUGAGGGCCCAGCCGAUGCCGAGACCUUCCAGCUUGAAAUGAGUGGGGUUUUGAGUGAACUUCACUGCCCUUACACCUCACUUACCACUGGAGACGUAACCUUGAGGCUGACUAAUGCCAACAAUUGCCUGUUACUGAUUGUGUUUCUGAGUACAGAACUUCAGGCCGCGAGGACCCUGACUCGCAGGAUGGCCACUGCGCCAGAUCCUGGAAGGCUGGCUAAAGAAGCCCUAUGUGAGCUGCGGCUAAUAUGGGAAGCCCUUGGUUUGCCAGAACCUUCCCUUGAUAUCCCUGUGGCUGAGCAUAUGAGCUUGCUAGAGAAAAAGAUUUGUGACGUUUCUGCCACUAUCCCAAACUCCCAGCUGUCUCCUCUGUUGAAAGUUCCAUUGCUUCCAGCACAAUGGGGUAAGCUGAUAGAGUUGCACCGUUCCUUACUCACCGAGUAUGAGUGUCGGAUGAGGAUGCUAUUCACGCGAUUUGAUGUCACAGUGCAAUCCUUCCACUGGUCGGAGAGAGCUAAGGAAAAGGGGAGGGCGAUGCAGGAUGUCUUGGGGCCACUGAGCAAAUCUUUGCAUACAGAGUCCUGUGUGACCUUGUCCCACCUCCUGGCAGCACGGGAAAAUGACUCUCAGAUUGUUCAGACCUGCAAUGCUACCUUCUGCCAAAACACCCGCAGCACCAUUCACAAGGUUCUCAUGGUAGGUAAUGUACCUGACCGAGGAGGGCGCCCCAAUGAGAUCGAACCUCCAAUGCCAAGUUGGGAGAAGAGAAGAGAGGGGGGAGGUGGGCAGCGUAAUUGGGGGAAAAGUAAUAAGAAGAGGAAGAGAUGAGAUGUUCAAAGAGUCGUUGAUUGAAUUAAUGUAAUUUAAAGAUGUGCGUGCGUGCGUGCGU